UCAUCAUCAACUCACUACCUUUUCUUUUGCAAUAGAAUACACACACGGUGGUCUCUCUCCUCCUAAAACCCUAAUUCCCGUCCAUCUCGCGGCUCCUUCUACUGUUCUUACACUGGAAUAGAAUGGCUGCCAACAACGUUGGUCUCCCAGCUGGUGUCUCCAAAGAACAGGCCUAUGGCAUGGCUGCGACCGAGAUGGAAUACAGAGUCGAGUUGUUUAACAGGCUUCUUAAUACAUGUUUCAACAAGUGCAUUGACAAAAGGCACAAGGAUGCUGAGCUAAACAUGGGUGAAAAUAGUUGUGUUGACAGAUGUGUUUCAAAAUACUGGGCGGUGAAUGGUAUCAUUGGCCAGAUGCUUAGUGCUGGUCAACGUCCAAUGUGAAACUCAGACCUACUCGGAUUUGAAAUUUGUUCUACAUGAAUACAUGUUACAUGCGCAGAGGAAGGGGACUAAAAAUCACGUUGUUGUCAUUUUUCUCAUCUCUAAUCUAUGAUGUCAUCUUCAUUUGCUUAAGAAUUAAUUGCAGUUCUUUCUCAGUCGUUUAGCUUUUACUUCAAGUAAGAUUAAUUUUUUGGCCUUGGGUUCUUACUGAUGAGAGUUCAUCUUAUUCCUGUAGUACAAGAUCUGUGUCAUUUACAUGUUAAAUUUGUCGCGUAAUGCUGAGUUAUUAUUGGCAGUUUUUGGUGCAUGAAUUAAAAUUGUGUAAUGAAUAUUAAUUGAACAUUACUCGACUCCUGUUUAAUGUUACAUCUUACAGCAUUUGGUGAAA